CUCUACCUUUUCCGGCGCGGCCGCCGCACGCUUCGUCUGUCCGCUCUACAGCCAAACUGGAUUUUAUAACAAUCACACACAGACAGACACAUCGCAGCAUCUUCUCCACGAGGACGUAGAUUGACGCCUACCUUCCACAAUGUCUCGUUUCUUCGCUACCGGGUCUGACAGUGAGUCAGAGGAGUCCUCAUCCGCCGAUGAGAUCACCCCGAAAGCACCCGGGACUACAUUCAAACAGUCACUGCUUCUGAGUGACGAUGAGGAGGACACCAAGAGAGUGGUGCGCAGCGCCAAAGACAAACGAUUUGAAGAGUUGACCAACCUGAUAAAAACCAUCCGUAACGCCAUGAAGAUUCGGGACAUGGCCAAAUGUCUGGAGGAGUUUGAGUUGCUGUGUCGAGCCUUCCUCAAAAGCAAAAAUAUAGUGGACAAAGAGGGCGUUCCCUCUUUUUAUAUCCGUCUCCUGGCUGAUUUGGAGGACUAUUUGAAUCAGCUUUGGGAGGACAAAGAGGGAAAGAAGAAGAUGAACAAAAACAAUGCAAAAGCCCUCAGCACUCUCCGGCAAAAGAUCCGCAAGUACAACCGGGAUUACGAAACAGAGAUUGCUGCAUACAAAGAGAACCCACAAGAAUCUGCUGAUGAGGAGGAGGAGAGGGAGCCUGAGGAUUCUGGUUCCUCGUCCGACAGCGACGGAGGUGACGAUGGCGUUUCAGCCAAGUCAUUCUUAAAGAAAAAGCCAGAGUCGGCUCCAGAAGCCAGCAAGUUCCUCAAGACUGCCAAGGGAUCCGGGGAUGAGUCGUCUUCCAGCGACGAAGAUGACGAUGAUGAAGGCUGGAGCUCCGACACCGUCGACAGUGGCAGCGAGAGUUCAGACGACGGUGAAGGAAAGAGCUCCUCUCUGGCCAGGGUCUUCCUCAAGAAAACCCAAGAGGGUGAAAAGGGUGAAAAGAAGGUCGGAAAGAGGAAGAAGCUGAAGAAGAAGGAGCGUAUGGAGGAGGACAUUGAGGAGGAGGGAGGAGAGGAGGGUGAAGGAGCCUGGGAAAAGGUCAAGGGAGGCGUCCCGCUGGUCAAGGAGAAGCCUAAGAUGUUCGCAAAGGGCACUGAGAUCAAUGUGCCAGUCGUGGUGAAGAAGCUCAAUGAAAUCCUGCAGGCAAGAGGCAAGAAGGGCACAGACAGAGCUGCCCAGAUUGAGCUGCUCCAUGCUCUGGCAGCCAUCGCAGCUGAGAACAACCUGGGCCAAGGCAUCCUGGUCAAGAUCAAGUUCAACAUUAUCGCCUCCCUGUAUGACUACAAUCCCAAUUUGGCAGCUUUCAUGAAGCCUGACAUGUGGAAGAAGUGCCUGGACUGUAUUGACGAGCUGCUGGACAUCCUCUUUGAACACAACGACAUCUUCAUUGGAGAGAACAUCGCAGAGGACAGUGAGAACCUGAACAUCUCUGAACAGCCUUUCCGUGUGCGUGGGUGUGUCUUAACGCUGGUGGAGAGGAUGGAUGAAGAGUUCACCAAGAUCAUGCAGAACACAGAUCCUCACUCACAGGAAUAUGUUGACAACUUGAAGGACGAGGGGAGAGUUUGUUGCAUUGUGGACCGGCUGCUCAACUACUUGGAGAACAAAGGAAGCACGGAGGAGAUUUGCCGCGUCUACCUGCGCAGAAUCAUGCACACCUACUACAAGUUUGACUACAAAGCUCACCGGCGCAGCCUGGGCCUCCAGGGAGAAUCCAAGUCCGAACAGGACCAGGAGGAGAGCGAGGGCGAGGACAGCGCCGUGAUCAUGGACCGCCUCUGCAAGUUCAUCUACGCCAAGGACCGCACCGACCGCAUCCGGACCUGCGCCAUCCUCUGCCACAUCUACCACCACGCCCUCCACUCGCGCUGGUACCAGGCGCGCGACCUGAUGCUGAUGAGCCACCUGCAGGACAACAUCCAGCACGCCGACCCGCCCGUGCAGAUCCUGUACAACAGAACCAUGGUGCAGCUUGGGAUCUGUGCCUUCAGACAGGGCAUGAUCAAAGAUGCCCACAAUGCACUGCUGGACAUCCAGUCGUCCGGCCGUGCCAAGGAGCUCCUGGGCCAAGGGCUGCUCAUGAGGAACAUGCAGGAGAGGAACGCAGAGCAGGAGAAGAUCGAAAAGAGGCGACAAGUGCCGUUCCACAUGCACAUCAACCUGGAGCUGCUGGAGUGCGUCUACCUGGUGUCAGCCAUGCUGCUGGAGAUCCCCUACAUGGCUGCGCACGAGUUCGACGCACGCCGCAGGAUGAUCAGCAAGCAGUUCCAUCACCAGCUGAGGGUCGGAGAGAGGCAGCCGCUGCUGGGACCCCCGGAGAGCAUGAGGGAGCACGUGGUGGCAGCCAGCAAGGCCAUGAAGAUGGGAGACUGGCGAACCUGCCACUCCUUCAUCAUCAACGAGAAGAUGAACAGUAAAGUCUGGGACCUGUUUCCUGAGACGCAGAGAGUGCGCGAGAUGCUCGUCAGGAAGAUACAGGAGGAGUCUCUGAGGACUUAUCUGUUCACGUACAGCAGCGUUUAUGACUCCAUCAGCAUGGAAACCCUGUCAGAGAUGUUCCAGCUGGAGAUACCCACAGUUCACAGCAUCAUCAGCAAGAUGAUCAUCAACGAGGAGCUGAUGGCUUCGCUCGACCAGCCCACGCAGACGGUGGUGAUGCACCGCACGGAGCCCACCUCCCUGCAGAACAUGGCCCUGCAGCUGGCAGAGAAACUGGGCAGCCUGGUGGAGAACAACGAGCGCGUCUUCGACCUCAAGCAGGGCGUCUAUGGAGGAUAUUUCAACAGAGACCAGAAAGGUGGUUACCAACAGAAGCAGUCCUACAACCGAGAUCAGAAAGGCUCUUACCAGCAGAAGCAGGGCGGCUACCAGCGAGGAGGCUACAGGAAUCAGAACCAAAGCAACUACUGAUCCGCAGACCCUUGAACGUCAGUCUUCAUUCCAUUACCGCAUCGCCUGGGUCUUCUACACAAUCAGAACUGCCAGCUCCGAGGUCACUUUUCUCUUUGCUGAUGCAUCAAAUGAGGAGUUUUUCCAGUCCUGUCAUCUCUGGAUGCUUAGUUUUAUCAUUAAAGAAAAUAACAGCUUUGCAGUGUGGCUCGGUUGUGUCAGGCAGACAUGUCAAGUGUUAUUAGCCUCUAAAAUAAACAAUUAUUAAUACUGUG